ACUGUGGCCGAUGGCAGAUAACAAGCCAGCACUGCAGGAAAGGGAUGCAGCCACAAUAAGUCGUGGGUUUUGACGUGGUGUCCAGGUUUCUGUAUGUGGACCAGGAGGAUGCAACCUUAUGUGAACUUGGAUAACAAGCUUUGGUUCGUCAACCCCACUGCCAUUUGGUGGUGGCCUUGUUUUCUUCGCUUUUUCUUCGAUCUUUCUCCCUUCUCUUCUGCGUCUUGUUUCCAACGUCAAAUGAUUGUCGAACGAGACGAUGUUAUGUGUGGCGAAUGGUCUGGAUACUCGAAGCCCCUAGAGGGAAUCGAUGCGUGGAAACAAGAGGCGUUGCAGGGUGAGAGCGAAUGGAUGGGUAUGCCGUCGUGCAAUGUACUGGCACUGCAACGCGGUGUCGACGCAGUGCAAUGUCGUGUCGACUGUCGUGGCUUUGUGGUGCUUUGCCUGCCUGGUCGAAUGGGAAAGGUGGUGAGGGAGGUGGGAGGAGGGAAAAAGGAUGAGGGUUCAGAGUGGCCUAGUGGCUAUUCCGUGUCGUCAGAGGGUGCGUGCAUCUGCGGUGAGACAGGUUAGUCGGUGGACGGCACGAGGUCUGACAAGGGGACAAGAAGACAAGGGCCCGGACAGGCUGCAGCUCGGGAGUGACGGCCGCAAGGGACUACUUUACUUGCCUGGUAUUCGCAGGAUGGGCAGAGGAGAAACGAUUCGGCAGAGGGGGGCAGAAGAGCGGAGUAAAAAAGGAUGGUUCGAAUAGGGCGAGAGACAGUAACAGGGUGGGUGACGAGUCGUUUGAUGAUCAGAUAGGUAUGCGGUCGCAGGUACGGCGU